AUGAAGGUCUUUGUCUCCCCCCGCGCGGUCCUUCGCAAGGACAUCAACAAGGGCGGCGGCACUUGCGGCUUCGAGGGGAGCUUCGACAUGAGCGGCCGGUUCGACCACGGGCAUACGAUGUACAUUCCGGAAGACAUGUACGAAAAGGGCGCGGCUUGUGGAGCAUGCUUCACAGUCUCAUGCUCAAAUGCGAAGGAUUGCCAAGGCCCGAAUGGAACAACCAUGAGUAUUACAGCCCGCGUUGUGGGCCUCGCGAGGUACACCUCCCAGCUUCAGCUAUCCGACGUGUCGUGGGACGGGCUCGUGGCGGACCGCAAGCGGCGCGACGUGGACGUGCAGUUCAAGAAGGUCCUGUGCAACGCGACGAGCAGCAUGGCUGUGCGCGUUGUGAGCGGCUCCAAGAAAAGCGACUUCGGGAUCCAGAUUCUCGGCGCUGGAGGAUUGGGCAUCGGGGGAGUCGAGAUAUCGAACGAUGGAAACAAGUGGGUGGCGAUGGAGCGGAAGGGCGGGGCUGCCACGUGGACGGUGAACCGCAAGGACGCAAAGGACGCAGCUAAGAACAUCGUGCGCAGUGGCAAGCCCAUGAGCGUACGCGUUACAGCAGCGAACUCGGGAGAGAAGAUUGUACUCGAUAACAUCAUCCCCGCUGGUUGGACGGCCUCCCGCGUGUACAUGUCCAAGACAAACUUCCACGUUGCGGGAGCAAAGCCGUGGUCUCCACUGCCAUCCGCGGUACUCAGCAAGGACAGCGGCGUUGACAAGGCGAAAGUGGAGAGCGCCAUUGAAACAAUCAAGACGGCGUUCAGUAAGGCAAGCACUGAGGUUUCCGCUGCAGCCAAGUCAGCGCUCGAGGCAUUGAAGGGCGUUGUGGCGAGCCUGGAGGGGAAAGCGAAGGACAAGCAGGACGGGAAGAAGUCUGAUAAAAAAGGAACAGUGGAAGACAUCUACACUUCCAUCGCGGCAUUGUUCAGUUCAGGGGAGCUAUCACUUAUCAAGUUCAUAACCCAAAAGGCUCUUAUCAUUUCACUGCCGGCGUUGGAUUCCUGCCGUUGCCGCAUUUCUCACCUCAAUUCGCACACCAUGGCACUCUCGCGCUAUCCCAUGCUGCUCGUCGUCUUCGCCGUCGCCCUCGCCGCACAUCUUCCCAUCGGCGCUUCCGCCCUCCACGGCGUCGGGCAGCUCAACUCGCUGCGCGCUUCAGACGACGCCAGCAAGUCUUCCCUGUCAAUGCUGCCAGCGCGCGCUCUUUCCCGCCGCGCGCUCAAGGACGGCGCGACAACGGCGGAUUUGGGCUCGCCGUUGAAGGCCACUGAAACGGACAGCGAGAGCGUCAGUAUCGAGGACAGCGAUUUGGAGGAUGUCUUAUUUGACGGCGGAGUGGCGGAAAUCGGCGGAGAUGCCCGCAGAGGGCUUCGGGGGCAGCCGCAGAACAACAACAACGCGAAGAAGCGAGGGGAAGACCUGGCGAAGAAGGCCGCUGAAAAGGCGGCGAAAAAGGCGCUGGAAUACGGGGCGAAGAAAGCUCUGACGUCCGCUGGCGGGUCUGCUGUGGGCGGAGUCUUGUCGAUCGUGGGGGCGGGAGACGGGCCUACCAUGCUCGGUAAGGUCGGCGCAGACCUUGAAAAAACCGGUAACGUUGGACGCGUUAUUGGAAAAGUGAUGCAGAACAAGGUCGUGAACGCCGUGUUGAAUACCGUGGCUCCAAAGCCGCUGAUGACGGGGCUGAAUAUUGCGGCGGAGCACUAUGAUGACAUCAAGAGGGAAGGGGAGAAAGUUGGGAAAGCUGUAGGGCAUGAGUUGAACAAGGCGGGGAACGCUGUUAAGAAUGGGGUGAAUAAGGCGGGUAACGCUGUAAAGAAUGAGGUGAAUAAGGCGGGUAACGCUGUAAAGAAUGAGGUGAAUAAGGCAGGUAACGCUGUAAAGAAUGAGGUGAAUAAGGCGGGUAACGCUGUAAAGAAUGAGGUGAAUAAGGCGGGUAAUGCUGUAAAGAAUGAGGUGAACAAGGCAGGUAGAGCGGUUGGGGAUGCUGCUAAGAAGGCCUGGGGUGGGAUCGCUGGCCUUUUCAAGAGGAAGUAG